AUGACUGCUACAGUUGAAACGGUCUCAGAACAAUUAGAUCUGCCAAUUAUGCCAGUUGAGCGAGUUCCAGCAGGCAUUGCAAGAGCCAUAACUUUAUCAGAAUCUGAUGUAGCUAUGGCAAAAGCACAAAUAGUAAAAGCUCAGGUAAUAGGUGAAAACGACGAACCAGUAGAUACAGAUAUAGGAGAAGACAUAGAUAAUUUCUGGCAAACGUCUGUAGGGAAGUUUAAAUUUUGUGUUGAAGAGUUACCACAACCGUUACAAUAUAUACACCAGCUAUUACAAGAGUUAUCGAACGUAGAUAAGCCCGAUGUUCUUUACUAUAUGUUGCAAUGUUUAAACGUAUUAAUUUUACAUGGAGAUGCUUGUACGAUAGCCUCAAAAGAACACAAAGGCUUUUUCAUUUGGUGUCAAGAAAAUCUCCUCAUAAAAAACCUUUGGGAACUGUGUAACUCAGAACACUCUCAUAUAUGCCAAACAGUAGUACCACUGCUUUUACACUGUAUAACCUUACCAGCUGGUUCGGAUGUGUUCUGGCGAGUAAUUCAAGAAGCAUUUCAUUGUCCUGAGUGGAGUGUGAGAUUUACUGCUGUCGAAAGAGUAACUGUCAUUACUAGAUUUAUGGAUUCUAGUCCUUUGAGAGAUAAACCAUCGCUUCAAGCAGCUUUGGCCAACGCUUUUUAUUUAAGGAAUUCAGACGCCAACAGUGAGACAUUGACACGGAAGAUCAAGAGGGCUCAGGAGGCACUAUCUCAGUGUGACGGCAGUGCGACAAGUUCAGUUAAAACACUAAGUGCUAGUUUUGGAACUAAAUGGCCUUACAAACGAACAAUGUCAGCUCCUGCAUCAAUAAUAAGGCAAGAAAAUAAAGAUGGACACAUGCAAUCGUUAAAUAUGGUAGAUGAUCAAAAUAUAACAACAUUUUUACAAAGGGUGAUCGAUUUGGAAGAAGCAGAUAAGGAAACUAUGCAUUUAUUAGUUUUUCUUCUAAUGCAAUUUUUAUCCAGAUCCGAUCAAGCAUAUCCAGCGGAGGAGAAAAAUCUAGCUAAAACCCAAGGAAUCGUACUUCGACACUUAUAUCUGUUAUUAGGGUACAGUCAAAAUGACAGAGGCUUGUAUCUUCCACCCCAACGGUUAAGAUCCUCACCUGCCUUCAGUGUUUUUCUUUCAAAUUUACCUCAAUUGAUGGACCAAAAUCAUCUUAUGGGACGGCUUCUUCUUCCCACCUGUUUAAUAUUGAUGCAAUACGCUCCAUCUCCGUACUAUAUACCAAGCGCUAUGGAGUUUCAACAACCGACUUACAGUUUGUGGGCAUUGGAGCCGCAUUUUCGAAAAAACUGGUUGAUGUCUAUUGUCGUGCUAUUAUACAAGUACCAAUAUAAUCAUCAGCCUCAUUGUAUGCAGUUGACAUCUCUAAUUAGAGUAGUAUUAAACACUCUAGACUCUCAACACCAUCACUGUAGAAGAAUUCCAGCUACUAUAAUAAUGGGACAACCACCUUCUCGAUCUAGAGAUGUCAGUCAGCCGUCCUUGGGAGCAGAAAUAGAACAUCCAGAACGUGCAACUCCACCCCCAUCACCAAUCUACUCAUCAGAUGGACAAUCAGUACAAGUAAUCGGUAGUUCUAAAUGUGGAAAAAUGCAAGUAGCAUACACUAAACCCUCCUCUACAACAAGUAUGGAAACUCAUUGGGAGGAAGCUAUUCAUUGUGUACAUCCAGAAAAAAAACCGCAGAGAAGACAUGCUGAGGUUAGUGUCGAUACUGACACAGAAUCCGAGUUAAUGGUAAUACCUGAUAGCGAUAUGUCAGACAGUACGCUUCAAGGAAGUGUACAAGAUUCUUUUGAAGAUGGUGCAAGUGAUAGCUUAGGCGAAAAACAUCUUCCAAGGUCUCCCAAAGAAAGUUACACAAACCAGCUUGUUAAAAUUCCUAAUAAAGGGAGACCGACAUGGACCAUAGGUAGUGAAGAAGAAUUUUCCAAAACAUGUGACAAUAAAAUCUAUCAAGAAGUGCUGAGAAGUCAUUCGGAGUUAAUAAAAAAUUGUUCCAGAUUAAAUUCUACAUCGUCAGUAAACGGUAUACAGGUAGCUAAAACUGUUACUACAGAUUUUCACAAACAUGUCAGUUCGACAUUUGUAGAUACCCACUCUAUGGGAAAACCAAAGCACAAAAAAAUUAUUGAACCUAGUAUUACUCCUGUUUGUACACCUGUUUCAGACUGUGAUGAAUCUUAUAAAAAUAAUCAUGCUAGUUUACCAACCCCAUCUCUCGAAAGACUAUUACCAAUUGGAUCUACAAGAGUACCAGAUUCUCCAUUAAAUGAUGACGUGUUUUCACCAACUAUAGAUUCUCAAUUAGAAAUUCCUUGUCAAGAACGAUUGCUUCCAAUAGGUCAGCACCCAACUCCUCAGUUAAUGGAGAAGCUCAAACAAGCCUUAGGUGUAACUAGCCAACAAAUUAAAUCGGAGUCAAUUAAAAAAGAAAAACUGCAAGGACACUCUCAAGAACAACAUCACCCGCAACCUACUUCUUCUCAUUCACAUAGUCCCAGAAAAUUAACCAAACAGGUUGCUCUAGAGAGUCCUAACAAUUCUGAAUUUGAGGAUAAUGGACACUUCAAAUCUCUUAAGAUGGAAAAUCAGAGUAAGUUUUAUACUUCAUUUCGUAUUAGAUUAGUAGCAACAAAUGCAAUGUAUCCGUGGCAAACUGAAAGCAAUAUUCACUUACCUGGUGGAGCUAUAAGUGUAGCCCAUCAAUUUUUAAGAUGCGUUUUACACCAAUUAGCCCCAAACGGAAUUUUUACGCAAAUGUUUCAAACAAAUGCUCCAGAAAAUAUUCGAAUUCAAUUUUUUAAGAGUGUUAUACAAGCGUUAAUCGAUUUUAACGAAUUAAAUCCUGUAGCGCCUAUUCAACUUCUUUUGGAAGUAAGUAUUUCUUGCAAACAAGUACUCUUGUUUAAUUAUUGGAACUGGAAUUUCAUUUAA